AUGGCAGGCGGCGGCGGAACAAACCUGGAAAACAACUAUUGGCCUGAAGAUCUUCUCCUUUCGAUCUUGGCUACCCUUCCAACCAAGUCUUUGUUACGAUUCAAAUGUGUGUCCAUGCAUUGGCGAUCACUGAUCAUCAACCCUUAUUUCAUCGAACAACAUCUCGAAACGCAGCAGAAAAAGGAUUACCCUCACUUGAUAUUUGCCGCUAGAGCAUCUGGAACCGUUCUGGACAUGAUUUUCGAAUCCAUGCACAUGGUUUUGGAAUCCAUGGCCAUCGUCGAUGUUGAAGUCGGUGAUGAAGAAGGAACAAAGAUCAGGAAAGGUUUGAAACAAAAUUAUUCGAAUAUCAGUCAUCUUCCGUGUUUUGGUUACUUCAUGUCCAAUUCUUGCGAUGGAAUUAUUUGCUUUUUUGGGAUGAUUAAUGUCUUUGUUUACAAUCCUGGAACUAGAGAGUUUCGGACUGUCAAGAUGCAAAAGAAGGGAUUCUCCCCUGUUUAUUCCGGCAGUAUUGAUUUUUUCGAUCGAAUAUUCCCCAAGGAUUUCUUUGUAGGGUUUGGUCGUGAUCAAGUUACAAACGAAUGCAAAAUUAUACGAUUGUUUACACCUAAAGAAGAAAACCCUAUUCAUGAGUGCGAGGUUUUUACAUUGAGUUCAGAUGCUGGGGCUUCAUGGAGGGGCCUUGGCGAAGUUGCUUACUUUAUUAGGGCAGCACAACUACCUGUCUAUCUCAAUGGAGCACUUCACUGGAUCCUUGACGUUAGACAUGCUAACCCUUCCGAGGUGAUCGUCUCCUUUGAUCUCCAUGCUGAGAAAUUCCAAGCAAUAUCACACCCAAGUUGUUUCUCAGAAGUCUCAGAUCGUAGAAUGCUGGAACGUAUGGGGUUACUGUCCUUGAGAAGCUCUCUAUGUCUAGUAGAAGGAAGUUACAAGGGGCCGCCUGCGCAGCUGAACAUUUGGAUAAUGAAUCAAAGCAAUGGAAUUUGGGAGAAGAUGUUUUCUAUUAAUUGGGGAUUGAUGACAGAUGGAAUUGCAUUGGCAUUUCCAAUAGCAGAACUCAAGGAUGGAACCUUUUUGGUUUUACGUUCCGGGAGAAACUUACAUAUAUUUGACCCAGAGAGCCAAAGUGAUAGUGAAGUGUUGAUACAACAUGAAAAAUUCGUUAAUUACUAUGCAUACCCUGAAAGUUUAGUCCCUCUUUAUGGAAAGCCACUGGCUGAAAUGAGAUGUCAUGCUAAGUGUUGUCUUGGUUAA